AUGUCCUCCUCGUCUUUUGAGAAGCGCAAAGUGACGAACAAAACCAACAUCAUCAAAGAAAAUAACGACACCAACAAAAUUCGCUUCUUCAGCCGAAACGCGAACGUGAUAAAAGAGGACGUGGAAAAAGGCACCAAAGAAUGGUCCUCGGUCCCUUCGGCGGUGAGACGCGCGUUUUUACGCCUCGGUCUCAUCUCUGAACGAGAAAAUACGGCGAACGAAAUCAGAGACUCGAGGUUAGAGGCGACGGAAAAACGAUUAGGGGACGUGGAAAAACGAUGCCAAAUCUUGCUCAACGGUGUAGAGUGCGAGCGAGAGGAAAACGCGCGAUUGAUGGAACGACUGUCGAGUUUAGAGAAGGAACACGCGACGUUUCGAAACGAGUGCGAAACAAUCGUGAGUGGUUUGGAGAAGCACGUUUUGAAUGUCACGACGGAAACGAGCCAAAUGAAAGCGACCGUGGCGAAGUCGGCGCAGAUGGAAGCUAUCGUCAAGGCGAACGAAAUAGCGUUGAACGCGGUGGCGAGUUCUGUUGAUGACGCGGUCGCCGUGUCGCGAGUCGCGAAAGACGAGGCAAAGAGAUGCGUGAAAAUGAUGGAGAGAGGUUUCGAUGUGAAUGAAAUUCGGAACGACGUGAACGUUUUGACAGCGCAGAUGACUCGCGUGGAAAGCGAGAGAAGAGAGUGCGAGAAGUUUGCUCAAGCGAGUCGAAAGGCGGCGAGCAAAGCCGAGGAAGAGGCACGGAAAGCGGACGUGGAGAGAACGAAAACGCAAAGCUUCGCGGAGAUUGUGGGACAAUUCAAUCGCGAGGUGGAUAGAAAAAUGCAGGCGUUGAAAGUUGGUUUACAAGCGUGCGACGAGGCGGAAGGGUUGAUCAAAGAUCGAGUCCGAGAAGCCAAGGCGGAAAGCGAUCGAAACCGAGACGCGAUGGAGAUGUUUGCAGAGAAAGCGAGAGGGAAAUUGAUGGAGUCGUGUUCGCACGUGGAGAGAGUUGCGCGAACGUGCGCGAACGUGGCGGACGCGAGCACGAGAGAAAUGCACGAGGCGGUGGAAAAUGAAAAGGAGACGCUGAGGACGUUGGAGGAGGAGAUGGAGUUGAGAUUUCGAGACGAGUGCGAUCGAUUUGAACGCGCGGCGAAGAGCGCGAGGAAAGAGGUGGAGGACGUCGCGGAAGCGGUAAAAGGUCAAGUCGUCGAUGAGUGCGGUCAAGUCUGCGACGUGGUCAUCGCAAAGUUUGUUCAAGAACGCGCGAGUGAGUUGUCCGAAACGGUCGUUUCGGCGAUCAAAAUGAAAGCCAGCGACGCCGCAGCGGACGCGAGACGGUGCGCGGAGAUGUGUUCGGACGUUUCAAAAGUAGCCAGAGAUGCCGAACAACAGUUUCAAAGAAAAGUAGACGAUGGGUUCAGGUCCGUAGAUAUUGCCAUUGCGAGAGCGGAAGCGGCACAGGAAGACAUCUCGACGCAAAAGGAUACUAUUUUGCGCGCGGUGGACGAAGCGUUGGACGCGUUGCGCCAACGGGAGGCGAGUUGCUCGAAACGCAUGCACGACGAAAGCGAAGAACGAAUGCGCGCUUUUAGACGAACCAUAGACGAAUUGAAACAAUCGGUUGGGAACAUCGACGCAGCGGAUGUUGUCGCGUUCAAAAAACGGUGCGACGGCUUGGAAGCGAGAGUUUUAGAGUGCGAAAAGAACGGACGCGUUUCGUUCGGGACGCUUGAACACGUCAACAGAGAGCUGGAAAGGUUAACGUUAGAUUUUAACGACGUCCGUGGGGACGUCGCCGAACGCUUGCGCAGAGACGAGGAAGUGUGCAAAGAGCUCGAACGGUUAGAAAAACGCGUGAAAGAGGAGAUUGUUGCCGCCACGGAACGCGCGCAAUCCUUCGCGCAAAUGGAAAUCGAACCGCUUCGAUUGGAAAACGUGGAGAAAAUCGAAGGCAUUUGCGAGGCGUUGUUUGGGUUGGAAAAUGGAAAGAUUGCCGGUAAAGACGCGCAAACGAUUAAAGCGAUGACGCGAACGAUGUUUUUAGAAUCUAGCACCUCGGCGAUGGAAAUGUAUUUAGGUGGUGGUGGUAGCAUGGAAAUGUCCUCGUCGUCGACGUUGGUGCCGACGACGGAGCACGGCGAAGGCGACAGCGCUUCCGUAUUUGCCAAAAUCAGACGCCUAGAAGCGCUCGCAAAAACCUUCGAAAAGAGAAGCGAAGUCGAGAAACUCGCGAACGAGAUCGCGUCGAGACAGACGGAACACUCGCAGGUUUUGAAAUCGUUACACGAUGGCGUGCAAUUUGCCAUGCGAGAACGCCCGACGAGAGAGGCGGUGGAACAUCUCGUCAACGACAUUUCCGAAAGAGUUUUAGACUUAGAAACCGAUAAAGAGGUGAAUAAAACUCGAUUGCGACAAGUCACGGAAUCUGCAAAGGAGAUCAUCGACAGGAGGUGCGAAGCUUUAGAAGCCGCCCAUCGAGCGCAGUUGAGGAAACUCGCCAAUCAACGCAUCUCGACGACGACGCAAACGACUACAGAAAAUGAAGUCUCCUCGCGCUCUACCUUCACCAACAACGACGAUGGCGAAAAUAGAUUAGAAGCUAUACUACUGCACGAGUACCCUAAAAGGACGGAGAUGAACGCCGCGAUUGCCGGAGUAGAAAAUCAAAUUCGAAGAGUCGAAGAGAGAACUCGAUUGAAAUUGGAUUUGAAAGCAGAUAAGAAAGACGUCGUCGCGUUGGCCGAGCGCGUGGUGAAUAAAUGA